UGACCCUGGACUCAGAAAGAGUGAUGGGGCGUAAGCUGGACCUGUCUGGUCUGACCAAUGAUGAAGCGGAGCACGUAAUCCAAGUCGUACAGAGAGACAUGAAACUGCGUAAGAAGGAAGAGAAGAGACUCAGUGAAAUGAAGCAGGAAUUGGAAGAGGAGGGCAGUCGCUGUUUGCUUCUGUCUAAGCAGCACAAGUUCAACGAGCACUGCUGCAUCCGCUGCUGUUCUCCGUUCACCUUCCUCCUGAACCCCAGACGCCCAUGUCUGGACUGCCACUACAACGUCUGCAAAUCCUGCCGCACCUACAGCCAGAGUGAGAGAGGCUACAUCUGCGCCGCCUGCCAAAAGAGCAGGCUCUUGAAAACCCAGUCUCUGGAAUGGUACUACAAUAAUGUGAAGAGUCGCUUUAAGAGAUUUGGCAGUGCCAAAGUGCUGAAGACGCUUUACAGGAAACACAUCAUCGAAAGAGGUGCAUUAUCAGAGUUACCAGAGGUCAGUGCUCAUGAAGGCAGUGUUGAAAAUGGCAGUGUUUGUGACGGCAGUGACUCCACGCUCUACAGGCAGAGUGAAGGUCACAGCAUGGCAGAGACGCUCACCGUCGCUCUACGUGUUGCAGAGGAGGCGAUAGAGGAAGCCAUCACUAAAGCUGAGAGCUACAGAGACAGCCUGGAGAAACAGAAUGAGGCUCGUUAUUUGCGGGACCAUAAAGAAGAGCUCAUAGAGGAACUCACCACUACCAUUGUUCAAAAAAUCAUUCAACGGGGGAAGCAGUCUGAGAUUCAGGCUGAGUAUGAGUUUGUAUGGCCUCAGAUUCACAGUAGCGAUCUUCCGUCCCCUACCUCAACACAAAACACACAAGCAACACAAUAUUCACAUACCUCCUCUCAGCAUGGAGCAGUAGCCCAGCCCGACAUCACCAGCUCCUAUUUGCUGUGGAGGUCAAGAUCAGUGCUCUCUUUGACGAGUGAUGAUUCACCAGAGAAGGGUCCUGGGGUAGAAACAGACAUCCAAAACUACUCUUCACUCAGGAGAGAGUCCAGAGCGUCAUCACUUCCGGGCUGGAAGAGUGUUGACCGCUUGGAAAACUCCAGUGCGUCCUCAGUGCUGCAGUCCCCGGAUGGUAACUGGAUCGCCCUGCAGAGCUUCCAGCAUUCCCGGCCCAGUCUACUAACCAAGCGCAAGAGCCUCGUCUUCAGUGUGCUUGAGAAGGAAUCAGGCGUUGUUUCUGCAUAUAACGAGAUGGGCUCCAACUCGGACCCCGAAGACCAGGGAGGUUGGGGAGCUGCCCUGUUACAAUUUCGCAGGCGUCUUUCUGAUGAAACAUACUACACUGACUCUCAACACGACCCUGAAUGGACUUACGCCCAACACCCGCCUGUGACCCUGUCACCCUCCUCGGGUCAGUACACCAACACUGAGACUCUCAACUCAGAUUCGGAGACGUCUACCGCUCCAUCGACCCGAGCACGCAGGCCUGCCCAUGUUACAUCCCUGAGGAAAAAAGGGCCACCAGAACCACACCUGUAUCCACCCUACAGAAACCCACCAAGCAGUGCUGCUUCAACCCUGCUGAGACAAGAGGUGCUGGAUGUGAACUUUAACCCCCGUUUGGCAGGGGACAGUAGUGAUGGGGAGGAGCGGAGCGAGCAGGUGAAAAGGUCACGGAGGCGGCGAAAGAGCAAGCGUGAGACAACGGAGCACAGCCGAGCACAGAAUGCACUGUACAGCGCUGCAACAGCAGAGAACAGUGCUCUCCUCCUCAACACCAUGAUGGUGCGCCGACAGCAGAGCCAGGAGACUCCAGCCCCCCUCAGUUACCAGACUCCAGACUCUGUGACCCCUCCUGAGCUUCUGGUCUCUGAAGCCAUGACCCCUGAACCUGACUAUCAAAACACAGUGGCUCACAACUCCAGUGCCACCAGCCCCCCAAUGCUGAGCCAACCAGGGGCCAGUAAACAAGGGUUCAACAUCCAGGGACCAUUGCUGAGAGGCCCUUCUGUAAAUGAAACCCUGGAACAGGAACUGAGAUCCAAACUCUGUGAGCUGGUUGGCCAAGUCAACGAGAGGGAUGUGACAACACCAGAUUUUGAGGCAAUCAGAGAAGCCGGCGACGAAAGUGAGAAAUUGAGACCAAAGGAGAGGCUCGAAAGUAAACGAGACAAGCAGACUGAUAGAGAGAUCGAGAAGCUGCGUGAACAGUGGCUGGAAAGACAAGCUGUUGAAGAGAUGGAUACAAGUGAUGCUAUAAGACAGAUAAAUAUCGACAGAGAGAUGAAGAGGGAAAGGGAACGAAAGAAAGAAAUAGAGAGGCAAGUAGAGAGGGAGCGAGAGAGGCAAAGAGAACCGGAGAAGCAAAUUAAGAGAGACCGAGAAAGGCUACGAGAAAUCGAGACACAAGUUGAGAGGAAACAGGAAAGACAAAGAGAAAUGGAGAAACAACUGGAAAAAGAGCAAGAGAGACAAUCUGGGAUCGAGAGAGAAAUUGAGAAGCAAAGGAAAAGCAUACGCAUGGGAAGACAGGUGCAAAAAGAACCUGAAGUGAGAGCAAAAUCCAAUGAAGGAGAGAAACAGGAAGUUGUCAGUGGAACAGAGGAAAUAUCCGGUGAAGUAAUAGAGCGUAACAAGAAUUUACAGGAGGACAAUAAUGAAACAGACAAGUCCAUUGAGGAAAAAGUGAGGAGGGUAUCACCACAGAGAAGCAAAUCAGAAACAGUAUUCGAAGAACACAGAAAACCUGAGGUGAAGAGACCUGGAUCUAUGAGCACAUUUUCAGACAGCACCCCCUGUAGUCUGGAGGAGCCAGCAUCUCCAUCUGAGGUGGGUCUGAGUGAUCAUGCUCUACAGCAGAAGCUUGUGUUACUCUCAUCUCUCUUACAGCAGAAGUACUCCGCUGCAUCUUUAUGCUGCAUUACCACAGAGGUUCUGAAGGUUUUAAAUGCCACUGAGGAAUUGCUCGGAGAGGCUGAAGUUCAUGACCCUUCUCCAGCUAGCACGCCACUGUCAUCUGGACCAGGAAACAGGAAGUUGGACCAGCACCUCACCAAGAUGGAGGAAAAUGUGUAUUUAGCUGCUGGUGCUGUUUACAGCCUUGAGGGGGCGCUGAGUGACUUAGAAGAAUGUGCUCGCAGCAUCAGCAGCUCCACCACAGAAACUGAACUGGCUUUCUUGGAAGACCAGGUGGCCACUGCUGCUGCUCAGGUGCAGCAGUCUGAGCUCCAGAUCUCAGAUAUUGAGGCAAGAAUAUCAGCUCUCAAGUCAGCUGGUCUGAAUGUAUCUACAUGCACACGGUUUUCCAAAUGCAAGUCUAAACCUAUGCCCCAGACGCUGGACUCUUCGCGCCAUCAGAGGAGAAAGUUGCCUGCUCCUCCUCUCAGAAGUCUAUCAUCAGAAAAGGAAGUCAAACCCGAGCCACAGGUGAGAUCAAUGAAGCCAUUACAACAGGAAAUGUGACCCCCAGUGUUUCUCAAAUAUGGCUCCAUAUCACUUCAGUAUUUGACUGCUAGGACCAUCAGGCUGUUCCACACUAGUGCCUUGAUCCAACUUCUGGUCCUCCAAUGCGAUCAGCACUAACUCUACUUGUCAACCCCAAGCCUGAUCACGACCCAUGUAGGUUUGGCCUCACAUCUGACCCCUUGAACUCUACCAAAACCUGGAGCUCUACACCUCUGUGCUUCAGAAACUGGGGGACUUCCCUCUCUGCCUUAAUGGAGACCACACUCCUCCAACGAACCACCAUAGAGGGUUGUAAUUAUAGAGUUAUACACAUGUAAUUACUGGAUGUGUAACAGAGAUGGACAAUGGCAAACGUUAACAAGCUGGGACUUCACCUCUUAAUCUUUUUCUAAUUGUUUGCUGAGUGUUGUACAUGUUUGAAUUCUGUAUGUUGGCAAUGUGACUGGAAAAAAAACAUGGGAUGACUAUGUGACCUGCAAAAGAGGCUGGACCACAUUUGGUUAUAGUUUUAAAUGUUUAAAAUGUCUAUGUGAAAGUAAACAAAAUACCUGCAGGACCUGUUUGAUGUAAAUUCAUCAGUUUUGUCUCAUAUCUGGCGCAAAUAACUCAGGUUUCUUUUUCCGAUCAUCUUGUUUUGAGUUGUUUCUUUAAGGCGCUGUUGUCAAUGAAACUAUUCAAAACAACUGUGAAAAUUCAUAAUUUUGCAAAUCACUUUUUGAGGAAAAGUGUCUACUACUAUUGCAAGAUACUCGACCGCCUUGCCAUAUAAUGAGUUUGUGUGUGUAUAAGUGUGUGCACACAUGUAAAUGUGUGUGCAGAAUAAUAAACACUCUGUGUAUUCACACUUGUGUACAAAUCAACCCAGGCUAGCCGGUGACCUCUUGAGUGUGAAUAUCAAAUCAAUGCCAACUCAAUAAGAAGCACUUUUGUAAUUUGUCCUAAAGCAUUGUGGACUUUGUCAACUCUGAAAUGCCCUGAAGUUACAUGGUGUUCUCAGAGCUUUGCAUUUGUGUUCAAAUUCAGCUACAAACAAAGAUAUGUAUACAUUUUUGGACAUGCCAAACUAGUAAUAUUUCAGUAGUGCAAAUUGCUUCGUAAUUGAUAAUAAUCUAUAGGAAUAGUAACUAUAACAAUUAGCAAAAUACUAAAAUAGCAUGUGUUACUCUUUUUUUCCCAUUUGAGGAAAAAUAUACCUGAUAUUAUACCUCAGUGUGCUGAAAUUGUAAAGCUAAAGUAGGUCAUAUUGUCUUACAAAGUGACUAAGAUGACUCUAGGCUACUUGUAUAUCCAAGCACAUUAUGCAGACUGUCAGGCCUUCUAAAUAAUGGAAAUCACAAAAUCAUAAAAGAAAGUUGAUUUUCUGUUGUCGUUUGAUCUUCAGUUUGUAACCUAAAUAUAAGUAUUGUGUUCUGUAACAGAGCAAACGUUACCUUGAGGUAUUCCACAGAAGCAUUUACUUUUCCCCCCAUUGGAGACCCCGUGUUUAUUUUGUUUUGUUGAGGCAGUUGAGAAUAACCUAAUCAUAUUUAAAAUAAUAUUUGCACCGUCCUCCUACUUUGCCUUCACCAUUCGACUCCCCACAGAGGAGCUGUUCUUUCCUCUGUGUCUCAAACGGGUCCUGCUCCUUGUUGUUGUCUAUGGCAAUGUUGGUGUAUAAUAGCAUGUAUCGCAUUUCUAAUAGAUGUAAAAAGUCCCAUGAAAAGCACAGUCAAGAAAUUGAAUAUGUCCUACAGUGUCAUGUAUUUUUCUAUUUUAAAAAUUAUGAAAAUAAAAUACAAAAAGAGAAGAGGCAGUUAUGAAGUAUCGUAGGCUCUAUUGUGUUUUGGGUUUGUUUAUAGACUGAAAGGACAUAAGCCUUGUGGAUUUUAACCAUAAAGUAUUAACUGGAUGAAAAGGAAACUAUUCUGAAAAGAAAAAGCCAAUGAAUUCUCAUGUGCCAAAUUUGUUCUUUCAGAAACAGUGUUCAACUAUACGUGAAUAAA